AUGGCAAAGAUUUUUAUGAUUGGAAGUCAGAAUGCUCUUUGUAGUUUGUAUAAACUAAACAAACAAAUUAAUCGCCCAAUGUUGAAUAGUAUAGUUCAUAUAAGGGCCGAAAGAGGACUGAAAUACUUAUUAUUCAAAUGUACAUAUGAUGAGUAUACUCCGUACCAAAUGCUUGACUUCUUAAAACUAUCAUUCAUUAAAAAAGAUAUUGAAAAACCUCAACAAAAAAAUGAAUUAAGGGAUAUUCAUCCGGAAAAAAAACAAAGUAUUAUAAAAACACUAGUCCCGCUCAUGCCAAAGAGUAGACAACAAUUUUGGUUUGAUAUUCCUACAUCAGAUACAGUUAAUGAUUUAUAUGAAGAACCUGAAAAUUAG